AUGUCCAGACGCAAUCGAGGUGCUGCAGGAACGACCUUCGUCAACAAUGUCCGCGGACCCACAAGUGCAUUGACCAGCUUCCUCAAUGAGCGAGGCAUCCGUCGAGCCAACCCUGCCCCUGCUCCUCCUGUCGCAACCCCACCCGAGAACCAAGACGACAACGAAGAUAAUGAUGAUGACGAGCCUGCAUCACCUCCGAAUCAUACGGCUUCGUCUUCCUCCUCCUCUACACCAGCACCUGCUACUUCGUCUCGGCCUACUCGGACUGCUCGCCUCACUCGUGGCAGGAACUUGCCUGCCCGGUCCACAGGAGUAUCCCAGUCUAACGAAGCUGACGGUGUCGACGAUGGUUCGGACUCUAGUGAUUCUGAUGAGGAUGACGACUCUGAUAGCGAUAAUAAGAACCUCAUCCCUAUUGCUAUCUCUGCUUCCACUACCCGAGCUGUCCGCACCACACGCAGUCGAGUUGCUGUGGUUGUGGCCUCGUCCUCGUCUUCGAACGCUGUAGCCUCAUCUUCGACUGCCAAGGCUAAGGCAGCCGCCUCCAAGAAACGGCCACGAAAGAAGGACGCCUCAGAUGACUCUGACGAUGAGGACUUUCACGACAUCACUGGACAUAUCACCCGCUCGAACUUCAGUCACAAGGGGAGGAUGCCUCAAGGGUCCAACAAGAUAGUGUUUUGUUCCCGAUGCCGAGCCAGGUUCACCAUCAAGGCCGGCACUACCCCCGCGGUGGAUGAGGAUGAUGGGGGACUCCUUUGUCCUACUUGUGCUGGUACAGAAUCGCCAGGUCCCUCCAAGAAUGCCCUGCCCAAAGCCAAGCCUGUCAAGCGAGCUCGUCGAAAGGCUCAAAAGGCUGAGAUCGAGUGUCAAAUUCCAAGUCUACAAGAUCUGUGCAUUCAGAAAAUUGCAAACAGCAUUGAGGAUGUGGAAGCCUUUGGUGACAUUAGCGACCUCAGCUUGGACAAGAUUUGCAAGAUUAUCAGUCGCAACCGGUCGUUGAACGCGGACACUCUCCAGCUCUUCCUCGAUUCGCGCCACAACGAGCUCACCCUCUACGACUGCACCGAUAUUACGGCGGUCGGACUGCAGAAUAUUGCACAGUUUUGUCCCAACCUGCGUUCUCUCAAGCUCAAGCUGUGCGGUAGAAUCACGAACGAGGUCAUGGACUACUACAUCGAGCAUCUCACCAAGCUGACGUCUUUGAUGCUCAUCGGACCUAUCCUCAUCCUCGAACACACCUACAUCACACUGUUUGAGACUAUUGGCGAGCGGUUCGAGAAGUUUGAGCUCAAGGGUUCAUCCCGGUUCUCUCUCAAGGCGAUCAAGGCCCUUUGCGACAGUUGUCCCAACAUAACCCAUCUCCGACUCGGCGACUGCAACUUGAUGGAUGACGAGUGGUUGGAGCCUAUCGCCGGUCUGACCAAGCUCAAGUCGCUGCGUAUCCGCAACCCUGAGCCGGACAAGUUGACAACACCAGCUGUUGUGAAGCUGAUCCAGGUGGUUGGAUCGGGUCUUGAGGAGUUGGAGCUGAAGGGCUGCAAUGGCCUUACGGAUGAAGUCUUGGUGGAUGCUAUCCGACCGUGCUGUGUCCGCGUUGAGAGGCUCAACCUGUCUGGCUGCGAGGAGUUGACGACUGAUGGAGUGGAGGCGCUGUUUAAGGAAUGGAGUGUCAACCCUGGAUUGGCCUAUGUCAAUCUCGAGAAUUGUGUGAUGUUGAAGGAUGAAGCAUUGAUGGCGGUCACUGAGCACUCGGGUGAUAGGUUGGAGGAGCUGAACUUGAGUGGUAUGGAUGAGCUCACCAAGGACGCUCUGCGAACCUUGACGCGAUGUGUCAACUUGAUAGAACUGGACGCGAGCUGGGUCCGAGCUAUGGAUGAUGAUACUAUGGAGCAGCUGGUGGACGCGGCACCGAGACUGGCCAAGGUGACUGUGUGGGGAGACCAUCGGUUGACUGAGUGCUGCUCGUCUCGGAAGGGACUGAGGGUUGUUGGACGCGAAGGUGACUAUGUCGACCUGCGCUUUCUCUAA